CACACCUCAUAAACUGAUGGAUAAUGCGACUCUUAUACAGGCCAUUAGGGCCACAUAACUCAUACUAGAUUAGGUUAGGUGACGAGAUGCACCUGCUUGCACACUCCUUUCUCCCCAAAACGAAAUUUGAAGCUGAGUGUAAUCACGGGCUUCUACAGCCACACAUAGUCGUAGGUCGGAACCAUGUUCUAUGGGAAAGACAUUCAAAAAGUCCCACUUAAUGGGCUGAGGGGGAAUGGACACAUAGUACAUAUAAACCAGCACACAACACUGCACCACACCUCAUGAACUGACACACCUAGCGACCCUCCUACAGGCCAUUAGGGCCACAUAACUCAUAUUAGAUUAGCCUAGGUGGGCAUUCCAACCUGUUCUUCUGGUUCAGGGGUAAUCUGGGAGACCAUGGGGCUGUCAUAUGGCUUGUCUUAAAUUUCGUGUGGAUAUGUUCAGUUUUCUUUGAGUUACGGCUGUUCAAAAACGGUCACAGUGAUACCCUUCAUUCUGGAACUCUGCCACCCUCUCUAACUUUUUUGGUCAUUUUAAACUAAGAUUACUCUCCCUACACAUAGGUGAUACCCGGAAACAUAGCCUAGUUGGACAGGGAAUGUCCUCGACUGUACGCAGGAUAAAUCCCAUGUUGAUGGAUUUAGUUUUGCUUGAGUUACAGUUGUUCAAAAUCGGCCAUAGGUUUUGACAAUCCAGCGGGUCACAGCAGUCAUACGGCCGCCUGAGGUGCAUUAUUUUCGUUUAUAGAAAUCCCAUGUUUACCGGUCCAUAUAUCGGGCUGUGUACAUGAUACAGACACAACCCUUAUGUCGUUGGAUAGCUCUUGACAUGCUCUACAAAGUUUCUGCUUGGUAUUUUGCAAUUGGACAUUUGCCCGCGAUGAUGGAACGUUUUGAUUAUCGCCAUAUUUGAGGGUGCUGUUCUCCGCGGGACUGUUAUGCACAAGGAUGUGUAUGGACUCCUUAGAAAGGGCAUUUCUCACGCUACAAAUAUCUUAAAAUUCAUGUGGAUAUGUUUAGUAUUCUUUGAGUUACGGCUGUUCAAAAACGGUCCAAAAAUUACUGUAAAGCAGUGGGUGAGUACUUUGUAUGUAAUCAUUAAGAAUCAUUCCUGUAACUUACUCACAGACUGAGAUAAUUUAGGUCAAAUUAGCCCAUUUUUGCCAGGUUCAGAAUUGAUUUCGCCUAAAUUGGUUAGAAUGGCAACCCUUGUAAAAUAUUUAAUCCUAAAGACAUAUACACAUAUGAAGUAUUGCUGUAAAGCAGGGGGUGAGUACUUUCCAAAUAUGUAAGAAUCAUUCCUUUAACAUACUCACAGGUUGAGAGAAUUUAGGUCAAAUUAGCCAAUUUUUGCCAGGUUCAGAAUUGAUUCCGCCUAAAUUGGUUAGAAUGGCAACCCCUGUAAAAUCUUUAAUUCUACAGACAUAUACACAUAUGAAGUACUGCUGUAAAUCAGUGGGUGAGUACUUUCCAAAUAUGUAAGAAUCAUUCCAGUAACAUACUCAUAGGCUGAGAUAUUUAGGGUCAAAAUGCCAAGUUGAUAUAUGGGUGCUAUAGGUUGAGAAGCUGGGAACUUUCUCAACCUGUAACAUCCAGAUAUAUGCACAUAUUUGGUAUCUAUGGAAAGCUUGUGAUGAGUACAUUCCAAAUAUGUAAGAAUCAUUCCUGUAACAUACUCACAGGUUGAGAGAUUUUAGGUCAAAUUAGCCAAUUUUAGCCAGUUUUAGAAUUGAUUCCGCCUAAAUUGGUUAGAAUGGCAACCCCUGUAAAAUCUUUAAUUCUACAGACAUAUACACAUAUGAAGUAUUGCUGUAAAGCAGUGGGUGAGUACUUUCCAAAUAUGUAAGAAUCAUUCCUGUAACAUACUCACAGGUUGAGAGAUUUUAGGUCCAAUUGUUUUUUUUCCAGCUGAAGCUGGUAUUUUUCAAACCCAAAUCAGCCCAUUUUGGGUAGGUUCCAAUUUUCUUUUUUCCAGCUGAAGCUGGUAUUUUUCAAACCCGUAAAAUCUUUAUUCCUGAAGAUAUCUGCACAAAUCUAGUGUUGUUGCAAAGAUUGAGAUUAGUUCUUUCCAAAUAUGUAAGAUACAUCCCUGGGAAAUGUUCACAUGUUCUACGCUCCACUCUGGGCGUGCGCCGGGCCCUUCUCGCGGAUCUCCCCGGCUACGGUGCUGCGUCGGGGCUAAGCGAGGCCAUUGGAACGCAUCCUGCCAACUCUCAAGAGUUGUGCGGAGAAUUCACACCUGUAAGGGGCCCCAGGAACGGGGGGGUUUCCUCACAUGGUUAGAACGAUAACCUGCCAACCUUGCAAGAUAAUUCGAGGAGUCUCGAAUCAGGAGGUUGGCGGAGAGAAAAUCUCGCCGCAAGCGGGCAAUGGGUAAGAGGGAGCCCACGGGUAAGACCUGACACCAUAACUGUCAGGGUAGUAUGGCCGUAAGAGCCUUUCCGGUGAUUGCAGUUGGUCAGCGAUACGGGCGACGGAAGUCUGAGUAUCUUACUGAUCGGCUGUUGUCAUUUGGUUAGGCAAUUGUCAGGGUGCGAGACCCGAAUUGCCAAAAUGGAGAGCGAGAUAUUUCUUACAUCCGGGACCCGAUUUAUUACGCCGGGACCCGAAACCCCGAUGCCGUAGUGGGAGGGGUAACUCGUCCCCCAAGCUCUGAUGUCGCGGGACCUUCCGACCCAAGAGGGGUAGGGAGCGGUUGGUCCGGGGAUCAGGUGCUUGACGGGAGUAUCCAUAGCCUCAAUGUCGGGAACGGCAACACCUAUAACCGGCCCGGACCAGGAAAACUGGCCUUCCCCAGCCCAAACGCCACCACCAUGGAUAGUAGGGCGUACGAGUCGACUACGGACCCGGCUCAAAGUAUGGUUGUGGACUUACGCUGUGAUCUUUGUGGCGUGCAGGUGGGCACUGUUCAGCGGGCGGCAAGGCACUUUGCCGAACGUCAUACUAAGGUGUCUAUCUUGUACAGAUGCGACCGAUGCCAAAAAGUUUCUUCCAACCACCAUUCGGUGUCCUGCCACAUCCUGAAGUGUCCAGGAGUGCAACCGGCCACUGAUACGGUGGGUCGCAGUCACCUCUGCGAUAGUUGUGAAGCUUGCUUCCCAACGCAGAGGGGCCUAAGUACGCACCGGCGCAUAGUCCACGGGAAGAUCCCUGAAUAUAGGAUGGCUGGGGUGCGUGCCCCAGCGGAAAGGGAAGCCGUCAAGCGACGGAGGGCCGACGAGGAAGGAGCCAACGAAGGCAUAGAGGAUUUUGUCAUAGAGCACAGGAAUGGCCGGGAACCUGGCUCUGUCUCCCGACUCUGUGGAUACAAGAGACAAAAGGGCAAUGAUUGUAGUCUGGACAAGAGGACUGAGGGUCAGGAAUCUGAGCCUGUAUUGAGAGUCCCGGUGACUGGUCUCCUGGAGGCGUACAGGGGAUUGGCAGCGGAGAUGAUCGACGCAGCCAGAACCUCCAAGGACCAACACAUCUCAGUCCUCAAAUUAUGGCUCGAGGACGCAGCCGAGUGGCCCGCUCGACUGGAAGCUGCAGCCCGGUCCGUACUCCGGAUGUUGGGGGGAGUUGAGGAGAAGGAUUGGAGGAAGCAUCUUACCUCACGGAAGUCACUUAGGGUACGAGUGACUGGCACUGGUGGGUCAAGAAGGGCGAGGGCAAGAACAGCUGCCUUCAGCAGGUGUCAACAGCUCUUCAGGAACGACCCAGCCCGCCUAGCACAAGAAGUCCUAGACGGCAGUUCACCUGCCGUCUGCCCCAUUCCCCUCACGGUAGUAGAGGAAGCCUACAGGAGGAAAUGGGAGGUCCCGGGACUCUUUGACGGACUGAGAAGGUUCCUGAUCGAAGGGGAUGCGGAUAACGGUCCCUUUGAAUCAGCUCUCACGGCAACGGAGGUAUUGGAAAGCCUUCGAGCCAUGUCGAGCGACUCCACACCAGGCCCAGACGGUAUUAAAAAGCAGUCCUUGCUUGAAUGGGAUCCUGAGUGUGAGACGGUCACACGUAUGUUCAACGUGUGGAUGUUCACCGGAGUCGUACCGGUGUGUUUUAAGCGGUGUCGAACGGUGCUCGAAUUCUGAACCUGGCAAAAAUUGGCUAAUUUGACCUAAAUUAUCUCAGUCUGUGAGUAAGUUACAGGAAUGAUUCCUAGAACUUUGAGGUUCUGCAAGGUUCCUCAUUAGAUGGAGAAAAGAGAAGUGCAGUGUUUUUUAUUGACAUUGUUAGUGAUCAAGUAAUCAAAUGCCUUAGCAUACAUGUACAUAGUUCAUAGUUCUUAUGAUCAGUGUGUGACAAAGGUUAGAGAUCCAAGGCCAGUCCACCUCAGAGAUCAUCCUCAGGGUGGCUGUCCAGCAGGGAGGCUCUCCUCGUCACUGUUGCUCUUUAACCUUGCAAUUAAUCCCCCCCACCUUGGCAUCAUUGAGACCCACAUACAGGGGUUCAGUGUGGUGGACACGAAGAUUUUGGCUCUAGCGUUAGCAGAUGAUCUGGUUUGUUGUAUCAGACUCUUGGCAGGGUACGGCUUCCACCUGGGAAUCCUUGAAGGUUUUUGCUGACCCGGGGACCUCAUGUUUGGGACCUCCCGUCCGUUACUCUGGGCCUCUGAUGGUCCAGGAGGGGUUGCUGCACCCAGCAGCUGCUUUAAAACUGAUUCUGACCAGGGGAAUCUGACUGUUUAAUUAAAACAAAGCAUUGUGAGGACUCUAAACGGGUGCUGACACGAUGUGAUUUCUGCCCAGUGCUCUGAAUGUCAAAGUGAAGAAAUUCAAUGAAGCGCAGGUAAACGGUGGGAGUAACUAUUACUCUCUCAGCACACCCCGGAGUCACUGGAACAAGGCAGACUCCAGAGAGAGCAUUGAGCAUCGUGUCUUAGGCCUCCACCUCCGCGUGGUACACGGCUAAGUGAGGCCAUUUGAACGCAUCCUGCCAACUCUCUUAAGAGUUGGGCAGAGAAUUCACGCUUUUGUGGAGCCCCAGGAACGGGGGGUUUCCUCACACGCAUAGAACACUAACCUGCUAACCUUGCAAGUAAAUUCGAGGAGUCUCGAAUCAGGAGGUUGGCGGAGAGGGAGCCCACGGGGAACACCUGACACCAUAACUCUCAGGGUAGUAUGGCCAUAAGAACCUUUCUGGUGAUUGCGGUUGGUCAGCAAUACGGGUGACGGAAGUCAGAGUGUCUUACUGAUCGGCUGUUGUCAUUUGGUUAGGUAAUUGUCAGGGUGCGAGACCCGAAUUGCCAAAUGGAGUGCAAGCAACUUCUUAUAUCCGGCCUUGCCGGGACCCGAAACCCAAAAGCUGCAGUUGGAGGGGUAACUCGUCCCCCAAGUUCUGAUGUCGCGGGACUUUCGGAACCGAGAGGGGUUGGUAGCAGUUAGUCCGGGGAUCAGGGGCUUGACGGGAGUAUCCACAGCCUCAAUGUCAGGGACGGCAAGGCCCAUAACCAGCCAGGACCAGGAGAACUGGCCUUCCCUAGCCCAAACGCCACCACCAUGGAUAGUAGGGCUUACGAGUCGAUCACGGACCCGACUCGAAGUAUUGACUUACCAGAUCCCAGCAUACUCUGUGAUCUUUGUGGUGUGCAGGUGGGCACUGUUCAACUGGCGGCAAGGCACUUUCAAAAACGUCAUAGUAAGGUGUCCAUCUCAUACAGAUGUCGCUGAUGUGGAAAAGCUUCCUCUAACCACCACUCAGUGGCCUGUCACGUCCGGGAGUGCAACGGGCAGCUGAUAUGGUGGGUUGCAGUCACUUCUGCGAUAGUUGUGAAGCUCGCUUCCCAACGCGGGGACCUGAGUAGGCACCGUUGCAUAGUCCACGGGAAGGUCCCAGAAUGUAGGAUGGUUGGGACCGCAUGCCCCAGCGGAAGGGGAAGCAGUCAUGCAAGGCAAGGCAAGGCAAGGCAAGUUUAUUUAUAUAGCACCUUUCAUACACAACGGCCAUUCAAAGUGCUUUACAAAUUAGAAAAUACACAGAGAAAUCAAAUAAAAAAUAUAAAUAAAAAAACAUGUAAAAAUGGAAAUAAAAAGUAAAAUAAGAAUAAAGCAUGAUUGAUUCAAAUAUGAUUAAAACAAAGAGAAUUAAAUUAAAAACAUGUAAAAGAACAACAAGGAAUUAAUAAGAAUAAAGCAUGAAUAAAACAUAAUAUAAAAGUGCCGUUACAGAAUAAAAGUGGACGGAGCUGCAGUGUUUUAAGCUGAGCUAAAGGCCUGAUCAAACAUGUAGGUUUUCAGUCUGGAUUUAAACAUGUUUAGUGUUGGAGCUCUUCUAAUGCUCUCUGUUAACUGGUUCCAUUUAAGAGCAGCGUAGUAGCUAAACGCUAAACGCUGCCUCUCCGUGUUUAGUUUUUACUUUAGGCAGCUCUAACUGACCAGUUCCUGAUGAUCUGAGAGUUCUGCUCGGCUCAUACUGCUGGAGCACAUCAGAUAAAUAUGCUGGUCCUGCACCAUUAACACAUUUAUAGACCAGUAACAGUACCUUAAAGUCUAUUCUGUAACAUACUGGUAUCCAGUGCAGGGAUUUAAGGAUGGGGGUGAUGUGCUCUCUUCUUUUACUUCUAGUCAGAACUCUGGCUGCUGAAUUCUGAAUCAGCUGAAGCUGUUUGAUGGUCUUUUUUGGGAGUCCAGUUAGGAGUCCAUUACAGUAAUCAAUCCUACUAGAAAUAAAGGCGUGGAUGAGUUUCUCCAGGUCUGCUUUAGACAGAAAAUCUCUGAUCUUAUUGAUGUUCUUGAGGUGAUAAAAUGCUGAUUUGGUGACGGCUUUGACGUGACUGUUAAAAGUGAGAUCAGAGUCCAUUUGUACACCAAGAUUACGCACUAGUUCUUUAGAUUUUAGGCUUUUUGAAUCCAGAUAGGCAGCUAGUCUUUGCCUCUCAUUACUAUUCCCAAAAAAAAUAAUCUGUUUUAUCUUUAUUUAACUGCAGAAAGUUCUGUCCCAUCCAUUUAUUUAUCUGCUCAAGGCAUUUACACAGUGAGUCAAUGGGACCGAAAUUGUUUGGGCAGAGGGCCAUGUAGAUCUGAGUGUCAUCUGCAUAGCUGUGGUAAGAUAUCCCAUAGUCACGCAUGAGUUCACCCAGAGGAAUCAUAUAUAAAUUAAAUAAGAGUGGCCCAAGAAUUGAACCCUGGGGUACACCACAGGUCACUGGCGCAGUCUCAGAAACAUUAUUUUCCAUUUCCACGAAGUAUUUCCUUCCUUGAAGGUAUGAACUGAACCAUUUUAGGACAGUUCCAGAAAGUCCAACCCGGUUCUCAAGUCUAUCUAUGAGAAUGUUGUGGUCAAUGGUAUCAAAAGCAGCACUGAGAUCAAGCAGUAGUAGAAUAGACAUUUUUCCUGAGUCUGUGUUUAAGCGAAUGUCAUUGAUAACCUUAAUAAGCGCAGUCUCAGUACUAUGAUUGGGCCGGAAACCUGACUGAAAUUGGUCUAGACAGUUAUUUAUGGACAGGAAGUGCAUAACUUGCUUGAAGACAAUUUUUUCAAUUAUUUUUCCAAUGAAUGGUAGAUUAGAGAUUGGUCUGUAAUUGUUCAAUAAGUUUGUAUCUAAAUUUUUCUUUUUUAAGAGAGGCUUCACAACGGCAGUUUUUAAUGCAUUUGGGAAAACACCUGACAUGAGUGAGGUAUUUACAAUUUGAAGAAUGUCUUCUGAUAUUGAGUAAAAAACAUUCUUUAAAAACUUGGUUGGUAAUGUAUCAAGACUGCAAGUGGAUGAUCUGAGGUGACUCACUGUAUCAAUUAAAACUUCUUCAUUAAUAGUGCUAAACUGGGACAUGUUGACUAUGAUGCUUUUGCAUGGUUUUGGAGAGCACAUGGGCUCCUUGGUGGAUAGAGAUGUACUGAUGGCUUGUCUGAUAUUGUGGAUUUUAGUAUUACAAAAUUUAGCAAACUCAUUACAUCUCUCAGUUGAAACUAGCUCAGGGGUCAUAUAUAUAGGUGAGUUAGUUAGUCUGUCAACCACAGUGAAAAGAACUUUGCUAUUGUUAAUAUUAUUGUUAAUAAUGCUGGAGAAGUAGGUUUGUCUACAUGUGCACAUUAUUUUAUUGUAAUCACGCAGUCUAUUUUUAAAAAUUUCUUUGUGAAUGUGAAGCUUGGUUUUACGCCAUCUGCGCUCAUCAUGCGAUGGAGGGCUGAUGAGGAAGGAGCCGGCAAAGAUAUUGAGGACUGUCAAAGAGCACAGGACUGAUCGGGAACCUGGCUCUGUCUCUCUGUCUCUGUGCAUACAAGGGACAAAAGGGCAACAAAUGUAGUUUGGACACAAGAAUUGAGGGUCAGGAAUCUGAGCCUGUAUUGAGAGUCCCGGUGACUGGUCUCCUGGAGAUAUACAGGGGAUUGGCAGCGGAGAUGAUCCUUGUGGCCAGAUCCUCCAAACUAUGUCUUGAGGGUGCAGCCGAGUGGCCCGCACGAUUGGAAACUGCAGCCCGAUCCAUACUUCAAUUGCUUGGGGGAGUUGAGAAGGUCUGUGUGACGCAUCUCCUCCCGUAGGUUGCUUAAACGGCAAGCUAACGGCACCAGUAGGUACAGCAGGGCGAAGGCGUGAACAGCCGCCUUCAUCAGGUGCCAGAGGCUGUUCAGGAGCGACCCGGCCCGCCUAGCUAAAGAAAUCCUAGAUGGAGGUACAUCUGCCAUCUGACCCAUUCCCCUCUCAGAUGUUGAGGAAGCUUAAAGGGAGAAAUGGGAGGCCCCAGGAUUCUUUGGCGGGCUGGGAAGGUUCCUGACGGAGAGAGACGCUGAUAACAGCCCCUUUGAAUUGGCUCUCACGGCGACUGAGGUAUUGGAAAACCUUCGAGCCAUGUCGAGCGAUUCCGCACCAGGCCCAGACGGUAUUAAAAAGCAGUUUUUGCUCGACUGGGAUGCAGAGUGCGAGACGGUCACACGGAUGGUCAAAGUGUGGAUGUUCACCGGAGUCGCACCGGUGUGCUUCAAGUGAUGCCGAACGGUGCUGAUAUCCAAGACUGGGGACGGGGCGGCGAUGGAGAUCGGCAGUUGGCGGCCGAUCACCAUUCUUUCCACAGUCUUGAGACUCUUCACUAAGGUGAUCCACAGUAGACACGUUAGAGGGUGCUCGGUUCACUGCAGUCAGAGGCGGUUUAUCAACACCCCUGGUUGUUCUGAGAACAUUGAGGUUCUGCAAGGCCUCAUAAGAUGGAGCAAAGAAGAGUACAGCCCACUUGCAGCAGUAUUCAUCGACAUAGCUAAAGCAUUCGACUCUCAUUAACAUAUCUGGUAUGUUCUACAGGAGAGAGGAGUGGAUAUCCAUACAAUAGGAGUUAUUCGCAGCUCCUAUUAACAAAGUGUGACCACCAUUAUAAUCGGAGACCAGUCCACCUCCAAGAUUUCUCUAAGAGUUGGUGUCAAGCAGGGAGACUCCUUGUCACCAUUGCUCUUCAAUCUGCCAAUGAACCCCCUCAUUGCCUACCUUGAGACCCACAGACAGGGGUUCAGUGUGGACUAAACGCUUUCAGUGUGGGCGAUUGCAGACAAUCUGGUGGUUGUGUCUGACUCAUGGCAGGGCAUGGCCUACAACUUGCCAAUCCUUACAAAAAUCCUAGCAUUUCUGCCAGUGCAGGGGGGCUGAGGCUUCAGCCUUCUAAGUGUUCUGGCUUUAUGAUGUCCUUUAAGUCCAAGGCAAGGUGCCUCAAUGGCUCUCCAUAUAGGUAGCUGGGCAUUUCGAUGUCGCCCUGGCUGGGACUGAUAAGGCCAGACAUUGUCGGUAAGAUUUCUGAUUGGGUGAGCAGGAUUGGUUAGGCCAAGCUUAAGCCGACACAGAAGGUCUCCAUUCUGACUAGGCCUGGUAUACCAAGGGUCAUUUACUCCGCCAAUUACUGCGGCCUUGGUUUAGCUACUCACCGCACACCUCGAACAGGAUAAUCAGGAAGGCUGUAAAGUGUACCAAAGUUAAAUUCCUUUUGUAUGUUAAAUAUACUUGGCCAAUAAAACUGAAACUGAACUGAACUAAAACUGAACUGAGAUGGCUACAUCUUCCUAUGUCGACCUGUGACGUAACUAGGUUGGUGGCCUGGGGGUGCAGAAAGUAGCUCUUCAUUCCGUCCAUCCAGGCCAGGCGGCUGUUUCUACCAGAAAGCUCAUGAGCACAGAGAAAGUAUACACAAAGUUCAAAGCUGUAUGUAAGAGGACUGGAGGAUGAUCGUUGACUCACUCGCGGUGGCUUUGGUAGAGUACUUUGGGUUCCCUGUGGGAGCUAGAGGGCUCUGGCCGCUCUCUAAGGAAGUGCUGCUCAAGAUUCUGGGUCUUCCCUCUACGAGGAGGAAGACAUUUUCCAGACUGAUCAGUAGAAGGACCCUACUGUACUUCUUGGAUUUACUUCAAUUACUGUACUUCAAUGCAGUUCUGCAAUACUCUUCUUUCCUCACUAAAGUUUUUGGAAAUAAUAUAUGAGUAUUAAAUAUAUUUAUCAGGCAUUAGGUCCCGAAGGUGACAGCCCAGACGGGCAUACGAAACAGCUACAAAGAACCCAAGGGAAAAGUCCAAGGUGGCAGGCUACCUCACGCGCACCUCGGCCACUGCAGAGAAGCACUAUGAAGGAGAUUAGCUCAGGUGGAUGCUUGCUUGAUACUCAAGAGCCUCUGUGGGGAUUCAGAUGGUGAGUGGAGUGACCACACUGCUAUUGGUUCCUCGUCCUUCUUGAGCGAUCAAGCUGCAUACAACAGGUUGCACCAGUCAUGCCAGUGUUGUUGGACGGGGUUCCACCAAAGCGGUCAGAGCAGGCAUCCCUGGCAGGGGUGCAUGAGCGCUAUUGCUACGAUCCCUGGCAUAGUGAUCAGCUCCAGAAUCAGAUGCAGCAAGUUCCAGAGAACAUUGCCUGUAGACUGCCCUCUGAAUCCAGAGUGAAGACCUGGAUUGAGAAGAAAGGGGUGGUCUGCAAACAUUCCUGAUGCUGCAACCACUGUCCAGCAGUGGAAGCCAUCUGGGGCAUCGACACAGCGAUGGACAGUGCUGUGUUGCAGAGGUUUUGCAGAACGCAGAAGAAAUGGAAGGGACUCAUAGUGGCAGAGAUAGAGGGGAAGGGUAGAGGGAUGUUGGUUACAAGGCCUUUUGCCUUUGGGAAAGUUGUUUGGGACUAAAGUAAAGUGGUGUCUAGACAGGAGGGCUUAGCGACCCACAGUUCGACAGUAGAGAGGGAGAGUUGCUACAUGUUUUAUUAGAAUUCUGGACAGGAAGCUCGGUGUAUUGAUACUCAUGGAGGAGUGUCCGUGCCAUCCAGGAAUACGCAUAUUUGGCCAGCUAAUUUAUCAUUCCUCAAAGAAGGCCAAACUAAGGCCUAGAUUAAACAGUGUAGAUGGCAAGGAUGUAAUCCUCUUCAUCGCCAUAAGCAACAUUAAAGUAAAUGAGGAGCUCCGGUUAGAUUACAGCUGGGGAGGGUUUAGGACCAGCAGACUAUGAGACAGCCCUAUCCAUCAGGCUGUGAAGAUGCUGAACCCUCUUCCUGCUGUACCCCCAUCCCAAUCCUGCCCCCAGCACACACUCACUCAGCCCCCUGACCCCCUCCCCCCCACCAAUACAGUACUGAAACUCUGUACUAGAACACACACAGUACUUGAACUUUUCUAAUGGACCUGCACUACACACCCAAUACCUGCACUACUGCUAUACUCGCACAGUCAUACACACUUUAAUUCCCCGAAAACUGUGAACUUUAAGAACUUUACGCACUCAUUCAUUUUACCAGCCUUAAGCUAUAUACCAUAUUUGCACUACUGUUAUAUACUAUUUAUCCUUCAUUCCAUCUCAAUCACCAUCAAUAUUGCACUAUUGUCUUCAGUCUUACGUAUGCCUUUGUGUUCUUGUUGUUUUGUACAUAUAGUGUCUCCCACUCUUUUAUAUUAUAUAUCUUAUUUCUUUUUAUUCAUAUUUAUGUAUCUUUUUUCUCCCCCACCACUACUGCACCUUGUUUCUGUCUCAUGUAUGUCUAUUUGUGUGUCUGCUGUAUUGUACACAUAGUGUCUCCCAUUCUCUUUUAUUAUAUCUAUUAUCUGUACUUGCUGUAAAAUUGGGAAGGAGAGUAACGUCAUUUCGAUUCUCUGUAUGUCCUGUACAUAUGCAGUACUGACAAUAAAACUACUUGACUUUAGAUUUAACUUGGCUGUGGUCCCUGCAGCAAAAAUCUAAAUUGCAUUAUAAAUGUAAAUAUAUAUGUAACUGUAGAUACUGUAAAUGUUAGGGUUAGGUUAUGGAUAAGAUUAGAAUUAGUAAUACAUAUGCUGCAAUGUGAAAUAUAUGUUCACAAAGUUGUGUGUGUACACUUUAUCUGCAACUUCUGCAAAACUUCUUCAAAAAAGAAUUUAAUAAAGCAACUGUUUGCUGAUAUUUGCCUGGUUUUGUUUGUUCUUUAACAUGCAUGCAGUAAGGUCUAGUCUAAUCUAGUCUGUUCUAACCAAUAAAAGGCAAGACCUGUAAAUAAAGCAUCACUGCACCUAAAAAAAGCACAUCAGGCGGCUGAAGUGAGCUGGCCUGUUGCACCAAUUUCGAAUCUGUGCAAUUUUAAUAAUUUACAGAAUCAAGAAUUUUUAAAAUGGACUACAAAUCAACCUUUAGCCCAUAGCGCAUAAAAACAUACACUUUCAAAAACAGUGCCACAGCAAGAAAAGCAGUACUGAAGACGGGUGAUAU